GUAUUCGUACACGUCAAGAUGUGCACAUAGCUGACGGUGUAAAUAGUCGGUAGCCGCGCGCGAAUUUUUAUGUUGCGAUAUAGAGAGAGAGUGUGUGUGUUCAGGUCAACGAUUGUUAAUAGUACACAUUAACCAUGUAACUAAAAGUGCAAUUAACUGAAUCGAAGAAGAAAAAAAAAAUACCGAAUCGCGCUCGAAAGAAAUCCAAUUGAUGUGCUAGUGCGAAGAGUUGCGAAUUAGAUAUUCGUUUUAAACGAACCGUUUUCCACUUUUUAAACGAAGAAAAAUAUGAUUUAUUUCAUUUCUUUGCACCAAAUCGAAAAGAAAAAAUAUCGAACAAUUGAUCGAGUCACAGUAACAAAUACAUCGAUGUGCAAUUGCAAUGAGUCUUUUUUAUUCGGGCUAGGUUCGGCUGUUGGGUCUUGCUCCCGAUUUUUAUGAAAAGAAGUCAAUGAAGAUGAAAAAACUCGCGUUGUUGUUUUUUUUUUGGGUUGUCGCUGCCGUUGUUGAUUUUUUUCUCUUCUGUUUUUUUUUUUGGAUGAUACACACUAUUAUGUUGAUGUAUAAGAAUUGGCAACCGAUUCGGUGGGGGAAAUGAAGUCAGCCUUAUAUAUUGUUGUACGUAUGAAAUGAUUCACACACAUUGAAACGUUCCGCGAUGAAUGCCACCGAAAACAAACAGAAGAGAAAAAAAAUGAAGCGAAGAAUCACAAAUAAGGAAUCUUGUUUCUCUCCAUACAACUCUGUGUUCGUGUUUUUAGCAGAGCUCCUUGUAUUGUGUCCCCGAAACACGGAAUCUUAAUUGGCCAUACUUUUUUUUGUGUAUUGCUACUACGGCUGCUGUUGUUGUUGUUGUUGGCUGCUUGUUUGCUCUCUUUCUCUCAGUAUCGGUUUCUCUCUAUCUCAACGGAAUCACGUUUCAAAUGUUCACGUUGUCAUAUGUCCCAAAUCCCAAACCAACUGAUUAUUGUUUUUUAUCCUCUCUCUCUCUCUCUCUCUCUCUCUCUCUCUCUUCUGUUUGCAAUGUUUUUUUUAUUUUCAAUGACCCGGGUUGUAUUGUUCUUGAUUCGAUGGCACUUUUCUUUAUUAUUAUACACUAAUAUUUUUCCCUGGGCGGAAUUGAAACACACGAAGGAAAAUAAAUAAAUAGAAAAACAAUAUGAAUCCAACGAACGAAUUCGACGAAAACACUCGCAAUAAUAAACGGAUGCAUAUAUAGAACCGAGAAAAUAAUAAUAACAAAAAAAAUAUGAUACGAUAAAAACACACACAAAAACACACACGUAAUAAACAAAUUGAACGAGAGAGAAUCAGAGUUGCCGCUUGAAUAAGGCGAAAUGAGAUGAGGAGAAAAAAAAAGUCGCGAAUUUAAUCAACAGCACUGGCAAAUAAACCAAAUACGUAUUUACUUUGUGUCGACACAAUGAAUCGGUUCAAUUAAAUUGCGGACGAACAAAACAAAAAUGUUUUUUCACUUUUGAAACGAAAACUCGCCACUCUCAGCACUCUUGUGUCCGUGUGCCAGCAUAAAAUUCCAAUUGAAUUUUGUUUAAUGUUGACGUUUUAUUGCUUUUCAGAAUCGGUGUUUUUUUUUCUCGCUUCACCCUCGGUUUGCAAAAUUUUUUUCUUCUUCCACCAUUCACUUUGUAUCGCUCGUGUUUUUUUUCACGCUCUCUUCACUUUUGUGUGUUUAUAUUAUUUUUGUUUGCAGUCCAUAAAAAUUGACGUCGUGUGUUCGUUGAUGAUUAUAAAAACACUGACGACGGCGACGACGACGACGAUGAUUACAAAAACAACUAGCAACAAAACAGCACCAGCCGCUGUAAUCCACUGACAAUUUAGCACAUUCAACGUAGCAUAAUCACAUCGUUUUUCUUCUUUUUUUUUCGGUUGAUUCGUUUCGUUUCAUAUACACAGCCUCAUGCGCUGCUCUGUGUUUCGCACUCUCUUUCACACACACACACUCUCUCCCUAUCUCUUUCCCGCGCGCUAUGUGUGUGAAUGGCGCGCGAUGUUCAAAUGUAUGCGUGUUCAAUACACACUUCGCAUCCACAUACAUUCAUUUUAGACAGCCCUACCGAUUCCGUUUGGAUACUCGUUCGCACACAUGUUCACUUUUGACAUUUCCACACCAAAAUUUCUUCGCAUUGGCGCGCAUUUUGAGUAUAUCGUAUGUCCAAUGCGACGUUAGCUAAUGGGAAUCGAUUUUUUGCGGUGAAAUUUAUUGAGAAAAUGCCAACGCAUAAUCGAAUUACCGAAUUGGAAAUGCCAACAUUCAUUUUCGAUUCAAAGGGCUGUAAUUGCUUUCGAACAUUUCGUUUUUUUUUCUCUCUCGCUCAGACGAGAACAAUACUGCGUCACAAUGAAUGCUCAAUAUAUACACAUUUGUAUAUAUAUAUACAAAUCAAUGCUUUGUGCACUGCCUCAACCAGAGUGUGAUUCGAUACGAAUCUAUAAACAAAACUGGAAUAAAUACAAACAACAACACAAGAUAUGCUGUGUUCAAACGGAGAUUUGGCAUGCUAUCCAGAAUACAUGUGCACCGCGCACCGGCAAACCGUUAUGCAAACUCAAACUCAAUCGUUGUCGCACAUUCGGUAGACACUCUUCAAACCAAACACACUGUAUUUUCAGACGCACAUUUCAUUCUUUUCUGUUAGAAUCACCAAUUAUCUCAAUCAACUUGAGUUUUUUUUUUCAUCAUCUUUGAUUUUAUUACCGGUGCUUCGAAAUGGGAGUUCCUAAACUGUUCAAAUAUCUUAGCGAUCGGUAUCCAAGCCUAAGCCAAACGGUGACUCCAAAUAUGUUGCCACACUACGAUUAUUUUUACAUCGAUCUGAAUUUCCUUCUGCACAAAGCGGUCAACGAGAAAAAUGCGCUGCCAUUGGAAAAGGUGGACAACAAUUUUUUCUCGGAAUCACGGAUUUUUGAACGAGUUUUACGCCAAAUUGAAACACUCCAUCGCAUCGUGCCUUCGAAGGUGUUGUUCUUGUCAAUCGAUGGUGUUGCACCACGUGCUAAAUGGAACACACAACGAGAAAGAAGAUUGCUAUCGUUCGAAAGGAAUGGUUUGUCACCGGCACAAUUUGACACAAACAGCAUUUCACCCGGUACCGUUUUCAUGCGUAAUUUCGAAACGGCGUUGAUGGAAUUCAUUGCCAACAAAAUUGGAUUCCACACCAAUUGGCAAAAUUGCGAGAUCUAUGUCAGCGGAUCGAAUGUUCCCGGUGAAGGUUCGCUCAAAAUUACCGAUUUUAUUCGAUCAUUGAAACAGUCACAAGACUAUAAACCAAAUGAAACCCACUGCAUUUACAGUGGCGAUAACGAUUAUCUGUUGCUUGGAAUCGCAACACACGAACUGUACAUUUCGUUCAUUCAAGAGCAAAAGAAUCGUCUGUCAUCAUUGGGUUCGCUGUGCUCGGAUGACGUAAAGCAUAAGUUUUCGGUGGUUCACUUUGAGCUGUUGCGCCAGUACUUGAGAAUGGAGUUCAUCGAGUGCCAAAGUGAAAUGUCAUUUGAAUUUAACAUGGACAGCAUUGUUGAUGACUGGGUCGUUUUGAUGGCGCUCAUUGGCAAUGAUUACAUUCCCGCUUUGCCGAAAUUCGAAUUGGACGUUGGCAUUUUGUCGAUCAUUUACGAUGCGUACAAGGAAGUGUUGAAGACGUCAAAUGGUUACAUAAACGAGUAUGGCUUGAUGAACGUUCGCCGUUUUGCUCGUUUGUUACAAAUUCUCAAGCCAAAAGAUUUCGAUUUGUACAGCAACAGCAUCAGUGAGCAAAUGGCUGCGGUCCAUUUGAAUGGCGAGGCGGCGAAUGGUGGAGCAAAUGGUGGCGAACAAAAGGCUAGUUUCAGCGAUUUUUUGGAAAUGAAAGACGAGCAUUACGCGGAACACCUUGGUGUUUCCAAUUUUCCUAAUCUCGCACAAAUGUCGAUCAGUUACGUAACCACCGUACAGUGGAUGCUGCUUUACUAUUUCCGCGGCACAUUCUCGUGGAGCUAUCAUUAUCCAUACAAAUGUGCUCCGUUUGUCAGUGACUUUGCGUCCGUGCAUAAUACAGCCAUGUCACUAGAAGUCGACAAACCGAUGAAACCAUUCACCCACCUCUUGGCCAUUUUGCCAAAAGGAAGCGCAUAUUUGAUGCCCACGAGCUAUCAAUCGAUGAUUGUUGACCAUUUGGACAUGGAUGACCUGUUGCAAAAGGCUUAUAUCGCUGAAAAACGUUUGAAUCCAUCGGAUGAAAGUCGAAACAAAACGAAACCAAUGCUCAAAUUUCAAUAUGCCAAAGCCGAAAAGGGCUCGAACCAAGUGAAAAUAACCGAAAUUGCGGCGAAGAAAACCGACCGGAUCAAUAACGACAAAUAUCUUGAUCGACCGUUGAAGCGAACUGAUUUCAAAUUUGAGUUUUCAGCAUUGAAUGUGUAUGAUUGGUCGAGCAAAUUGAUUCCAGGUGGUCCGACAAAGCCAAAUCCACGAAUUAUGAUUACUUUAAAAGCUGAUCCAUUGAAUGAUAUUAAUGUCGUGGCCAAAUCAUACUUAAAUCAAGUGGUUUAUGCUGGGUGGCCGCAUCAAAUGGUGGCAAAAGUCGUGCAAAUCUUUGAUGCGACCAAACAUUUCGAUGGAUCAACUGGUGAUGUCAAAACGACGAUGGAUCCACACGAUUUCAACACUUUCGUUGAAACAUUGAACACUACAUAUGCUGAAUCUGGCAUCGAUAUUGGACAAAUCAAAUGCGUUGCAUUCGUUGCACCGCUAAAAUGGAUGGAAUACAAAUCCACUGACGAUAAGUCAAACGAACUGCAGUUGGUCGAGUAUUGGGACGAUGAAAAUUGGAAACCGGUGGCCGUUCAAACAAUGGUCAAACGAUUGUCGUCUAAUAAAAUGCCAAAAGUGAAGUAUGCCCAAGAUGUGCUUCGUGUUCCCGACGUUUUUCUCUUCGGCGGUCGAUCGCAUUACUACGGUGAAAAAGCAACUAUCGCUGAUGCUCAAGGUCUUGAAACACAUGGACGCGUUAACAUCUUAUCGUACAAGGAUCAAGAGCCUAACUUCGAAAAGGCCAAAAAUCUCCAUGUAUCAGCAAAAACUGAAGAAAUCAAUGAAUUCAAACAACUGUCGAGUGCGGCCACGUUGCUUGGCAUCAGUGAAAAAAUGUUCGCCCGAAUUACUGGUUCUGUUCUUGUAUGUCCCGAAAAGACUCUAGUACCAGGGCGUAAAAUCAACAUUGGAUUGCAGAUGAAGAGUCGUAACCCGUUCCAGACGAGCGUUUUGGUUGCGCAUAAUUACGUGAAAAAUAUCGGCAGCAAAUUCAUUUACUCACAACAAGCCAUCGAUGUAGUUCAGCAGUACAUGGAUAAAUUCCCUCGUGUCUUUGAAGUGCUGAGCACUUCCGAAGCACCGGCACUUCUUAUAACCGAUUUCGAUGAAAACAAUAAUCCGAAUGGGCUGGAGUAUAUUGGUGAAAUUCGUCAAUGGCUUCAAUCGUUGCCAUAUUACAAGGUCGGACUGAAACCGGUCGAUCUGUCACGUUUGUCUGAAAAUGCCGUCAGAGAUGUUCAAAAGGCCGUUGAUGAUGCGUACAAUGAAGACGCAAAGGUGCUCAAGCUAAAAAUGAAAUGGCAAAAUCUCUACAUCCCUGAUUUGAAUGAUGUAUUUGCGAUUCCAUCACCGAAUGCCGUGUACAAGCUCCUGGAUCGUGUUGUCAUCGUUCGCAGCGGCUAUCCGUUCCCGAUCGGAGUCCGCGGAACUGUCAUCGGGAUUGAGCCAAUUAGUCGUCACAUUCCUGGUAACGAUGUCACCGACAAUGAAAUCUACGCUCUGGAAAUUUUGAUGGACGCUCCAUUCAAAAUACAAUCGAAGUCUUUCGAAUUCAAGCCGCAUCAAGUGUUUCGCACCCGUUCGACAAACAUGUUGCUGAACAUUUCACAUGGCCGUACUGCUUAAUACGAAAUUUCAUUCGUAUAUUCUUCUUUCUAUACCACAUUCGAUUUCUUAUAAAAUAAGAACAAUUGACAAUAAAUAUGCUGAAACUUUGACUAAA